AUGAGUGGCACGUUGAUAGAAGUGUCCACGUCAACCAGUGGGGCUGUGACGCCACGAUCAAAGGUGGAUGCCCUCUCACGAGAUGAUUUGAUCCGUUUCGUCAAAAAACAAAUUGAAAAAUUGAAAACUGCCAAGUGUGAAAAUGAAAAGCUCAAAAUCGAGUUGGCAGAAGUGCAAAAGGAUUUCACUGAAUCUCAAAAGAAAUUACAGGAUGAGCAAGAAAAAAGCACGGAAAAAACAAAAGAAAUUCAGCAACUGAACGAAAAAUGUAAUGAUCUGAAAAUGGAGUGCUCUGAAUUGACACUAAAACUUGAGAAGCUAGAAACGAAAUUAAAGGGAGUCCAGGAGGUGGAUGGAAAGGCUGAAUCAAAUAAACAUCACAAUGAAUCGAGUGGUAGUGAUGGAAUUCCUGUUCAUAUCGUUCAGUUGCAAAACGAAUUGGCUUCAAUAAAGGAUUUGCUUCGAAAACAAACAGAAGAAUGUGACAAGCAAGCCAAAGAAAAAGAAAAAUUGACAGUUACAGUGGCUGAAUUGCGUUCAUUAUUGGAUGAUGCCUAUGCACAACUUGAAUCUUACAAAGAGAAAAAGAGUGUGGAAAAUGUGAUCACAUUAGAAAUGGCCGAUUUUGAGAAAACAGUUGAACGGCUGCAGAAAGAGCUUAAAGCAGUAAAUCUCGAAAAAAGUUCACUGCUAUUAGAAUUAGAAUCAUCAAUGAAAGAAAAGGACAAUAUUCGAGAAGAAAAGGAUCUCCUCAACGAUAACAUUACGGAACUGAAUAUUCUCCUCAAAAAGUUAAAGGAAGAAAUGAAAGAGAAAAAAACGGAACUUGCCUUACGUGAAAAAGAAGGAAAAGAUUUGACGGAACAACUCCAGAGGCAAGUUUCUGAUGGAAACAAAGAACGAGAUCAGUUGAUAACAGUAAUUGGAGUAAACGAAGAGAAGAUUGGAGAUUUAGAGGCAUUAAAUGCUUCAUUAAAUCGACAACUGGUAUCACUUUGUUCUCAACGUGAAUCAUUACAACGACAAUUCGAUGAUCUCUCUGAAGAACAUUCAACUUUCAAGACUCGAGCUCUAUAUGUAUUGGAACAGAAGAAAAGUGAUGGUGAUGAAUCUGCGAAAAGAGAAAUUGAAAUAUUAGAAGAAACUAUUCGACAGCAAAAGAGGACAAUUGAGAAUUUGACCAAUUCGCAUCGUAUGUUACAAGGCGAACUUGAUUCCUCAUCGGGACAUGUUAGAACACUUUCUACCGAAAUAUUGAAUUUACAACGGCAACUCAACACUACUAUUGAAUCCUACAAAAAACAAUUGUCAGAACAACGGCAAGAAUUCGAGUUGCGAUUUACUUCUGAAGCAAAGUUUAAUAGUGAACUAUUGGCUCAGAUUGAUGCAAAUUCCAUUUCGCAUAACCAGGAAAAAGAGAAUUUGUUAAUAACUGCACGACAAGAACAUGAAGGCUUAGAAGAAGAAAUAAAACAUCUAAGAUGUAUGUUAGAUGACGAAGUGGCGCGACGAAAAGAGAUGGAGAAAAUUCAUGUAGCAGUUGCCGCGCAAAAUGUAGCUAUCCAAUUACAAAAACCUUCCAAAGAUAUUCUGCCAUCCAGCACCUAUCUGCUCCGACCUUCAGUAGAGACUGCAGAUGCAACAAGCAAAGAUGGAAGAAAUGAUGACAAUGAGGAAAAAUGUGAGGAAAAGUCACUGGAAGAAGUAAUUUAUGGAGAGCCUGAAGAACUGGUCGUCACUGAUAUUCGGAAUCAACCAGACAGCUUGACAUCUCCUCAGGAUGUUAUUGAAAUGAUUAGCAGACAAUUAAAACAUACGCGAGAACUUCUCAAUGAAAGUGAGGCAACGAAUGCAAGAUUGGCAGAACAAAUGAAACUUUUAAAGGAAGAGAUUCGCAGAAUGGAGCGUGAUCGGGAGCGUGAAAGUCACCUGUCCAAUACUGAGUAUCUGAAAAAUGUUAUCAUGAAAUUCAUUGCACCAGAAAAAGUUACCGACGAACGUGGUCAUUUGAUCCCUGUUUUAACAACAAUGUUGAAAUUGACCAACGAUGAAGUGAAUUUGCUCAGUCAGGUGGCUGAAGCGGAUGUUGCAGUAAAUAAAACGACAACAUCGACUUGGAGAAAUUAUAUUUGGUCUGGCUUGUCUUAG